AGUCUGCCGCAAAUUCCACCGGAAGAAGAAGAAGAAGAAACUGGUGCGAGCGAAAGCAUGGUGGUGUUGCGUAACAGCCAGCAGCUCAAAGAGAAGUUUUGUUCAAAUAAAUAAAUAAAUAAAUAAAACAUGAGCAAAGUGAGCGCGCGGCUGCGGUGCGUGCUGGAGCAGCGGCUGCGCGCGGCUGUCGCAGAGAUCUUUGGGCUGUUUGAAACAACAAUAACAGAGUACGAAGAAGAGAUUGAGCGCCAACGCAGACUGCUGGAAGAUGUUGUUCAGCCGGAGAUCCGGAUCCACAAAGCGGACGGUCCCCGGCUGCUGGUGUGUAAAGAAGAGGUUCCCCUUGAGCAGCAGGAGCAGACCCCCAGCCUGGACCAGGAGGAGCCAGAGCUCCCGCCCAUUAAAGAGGAACAGGAGGAGCUCUGGACCAAUCAGGAGGCAGAGCAGCUUCAAGAUACAGUACAGGAUGAAGAGGAAGCUCCGCCCUCACAGCUUCUUCAGAGCCAAACUGAGGAGAGCAGAGGGGCGGAGCCUCCAGCCAGCAGCUCCACUGAGCAGAUGGAGACAGAAGCUGAUGGAGAGGAACCAGCCAGGAGCUCAGAUGCAGCUGCUGAUGUGGAGACAUCAGACUGCUCUGAACCAGAGACUGAAACUAAAGACAGCAGGUCGGACACCGGAGAGCCUCAUUCAGGUUCAGACUCACAGAAAAACAACAAGAUCCAUGUGGAGUCGGUUGUUUUGAAAGUCAUGAUAGAAGAACGGAGUGAGAGGCUUUCACUGUCCUCUGGAAUCCCCAGAACUGUGGAAGAGUUACGAGAGACCGUGAAGGAGACAUUUGGAAUCAUGGAGGAAUUUACGCUGCAUUACCUGGAUGAGGACUUUGGCGAUUAUUUUACGCUCCAUUCAACCAGUCAGGUUACCCACAAGGGCACAAUCAAAGUGGUGAUCAUCCCUCCGAUAGUGCUGACUCUGACUCCGACUCCAGACAUUGAAAACAUGGUAAAUUUAAGCAAUUUGAAUGACAGCUCCAGUUCUGCAGCCUCCACUAAAGAGGACUACCAAACAGACGGCACAUCGUCGAUGUCUUGGCAGGACGCCGCCGUGACAUCCCCUGGUGGAAACCCUCAGAGGACUCUAUGGCCAGACGCUAUUACCAUUCCCUCUUUCUCAAUGGCCACCGAGGCAGUGCUGAGGAACGCCAAUGAGGAAUUUUACAAAGACGGAACGUUCCUGAACAGCAGUUGGGUCAAGUCUGAAAUACUUAAGAAACUGGCAGACUACAUAUUCAGCUACACAGCGUAUCCCACCGGCCUGCAGAUCGGGAAGGUUGCCGAGGCUUUGAUCAAAAAGCACCCGUGCCUGACAGAACCCGGCAGCCAUAACGGCUGGCUUGGAUGGAUGAACAGUCUCAAGUACAAGAUGGCAAACUUCAGGACGAAGCUGAGAAAUCUGGGCUUUCCUGAAGUCACCUGCAACUCGCUGAAGAACAAACAUCCUAAUGACAGAAUCCCUUCGAAGAACGUGAAGAGAGCACGGAGAGGAGAGGUCAUGUUUCUGCCAAACUAUCCCACAGGAGACGGGAAGACCCAACAAGAACAGGAGCGACUCCAGCUCGUCACAGAGUUCAAGAGGAAAGACAGCGCCGCCGUCAGCGCCUUAAUGUGCAGAACCUUCCCCCACAGAAGAAAUGACAUCAUCAGCCUGCAGCUCAGCAUUGAAGAGAUCAAGGACAGAUGGCCAGCCUUAUUUGACGUUUCACAAGUCAGCGCAGAGUUCCAGAGGAUCACGACUCUGAGUCUCGAACCAAAGUUCAUGUCCAUGUUGGAUCACUACUCCCCCAAACUGCUGGCCCUGUUCCAGGCCAAGACGGGCGCCUCAGGAGAGCGACACCGCGCACAGAUCAGUGUUCUGCUUCAGAGUGGAAUCUCCGUCCAGCGCCGGCGAGAGGUCGUCCUCCGCUGCCUGAUGGAUCAUCUGGGAGAAGAUCCAGGUUCCCUGAUUACGGACGGGAAGGACGCUGCCGCCGCAGGACCGCAGCGGCACGACGAGCAGGCCGACCACGUGAUGAAGAUCCACCUGGUGAGGAGGCAGGCAGGCGGCGGCGAAGCGGACGACGUGAGCGUCCUGCUGGACGGACUGGCCGUCCUGAGCGGCGUGGGAGACGUGAGCCGCGCCUGCUGCUGCCUGAUGGGACUGAGCUACGCCCUGGACCUCAGGUACCCCAAGAACCUUAAGUACACCUUCGAGGUGUUCCAGAAGGUUCUGCUGGAGCUGGACCCCGGGAACCUGUCCACCAAGGUUCUGAGGUUGAAGAACUACCUGUGUGCGUAGAGGACGACAGGGGUUCUUCUUCUUCUGUUAAAAAUGUUGCUGCUCAUGUUCUCAGAUACCUCAUGUUCUACCCUACAUUUCUACUGUAAACUGGAGGUUCCAGACAGACCUGACCGGCGCGUUCUCCUCUCCUGUCCUGGAACUGAGACUGAAGUUUGAGUCGUGUUCCAUGUUCAGUUCCAUGUUCUGUUCAGAGAACCCACUUCACACUUCAGCAUCGCUUCAAAUUCUGGAAGGUUUUUAUUUCAUUUGAACAUUGAAAACAUUAUAAAUAUGCUAUCAUAUUCAUCACAAAUAUGUCUUUUUGGUUUUUGCCUUUUUUCUGAUUUUAUGAUCGUUUUCUUGCAUUUUUUUUUUUUUUUACAACAUUUCUGGUCAUUCCAUGUGUUUUUGUACUUUUUAUGUUAUUUCUUUACUCUGGGCAUAUUUUUUAAAGAAUUGUUUGCUAAUCAUCAGAGAGUUUCUAGUCUCUUCAUUUUUUUUUUUGUAAUUUAAUUUGAAAGAAGUCCUGGUGUUAGCGGGACAUCCUGUCACUGCUGACUGUGUUGGUUUGACUUGCUGAGUGAGAGAAGGAGGAAGAUUUUUCCCUAGGAUGGUGAUGUUAUGUUUCAUUCCUUCACCAUCCUAGGAAACGAUGCUUAGCCAGGGAGGAGAACUUCAUGUUUGGGUCUUUUCCUGUUCUGUUUUUUUCUGGUUCUGUCGGUGUUUGCUGCCGUUUCUCUGUGCAAACUCUAAAAAAAAGUUCUGUACAAAUAGUUUUCUAUUGUUUUUGUUGUCCUGGCGUCUGCCUGCACCCUGAAGCUGCUGAGAGGCUCCACCUCCCCUCCUUUACUCUCUUAAAAAGGCAAAGUGACCUGAAACUUAGAACAAGAAAAAAUUCAUUACUAUGAAACACCCAACAGGAACAGGAAACAGUAGAAAAGGUCAGUAGGAGGAAAAAGAAUAGGGAUGUGUCAAACUCCACUGUUACCCACAUCUGACUGCAGUUUCUAUUCAGUCUGACAGUGUGUGUGUGUAAUGCUGGUCUUGGAGCGCCAUCUGCUGGACAAAUA